ACUGCAUGCUCAUGUUAGACAACAUGGCGGCAAAACAUUAAACUUUAAAUAAGCUCCACUCUCUUGAAUAUUCCCAACGACAUAGCGUGUCUGAAAAGAAAGUAUAUGUUUGGGUUUGGGUAUAAUGUAUUUGGACAAAUUUGUAGUUUGAAAGAAAAGAAAUGCGAUAAUUAUGAACAUGGAGGGCUAAGUGUUAUAGAUGUUCCUGUUCAAGUUGACAUCAGCUUGUCUGAAGAUGUUGUUAAGAUACAGUCAUCUUGGACUAACACUUUUCUUCUGAAGAAAAAUGGUACAGUCACCACCUCUGGAUGGAUUCCUGGAACAAAAGCUCUUGGAAAUGUAAAUAAUUUUCUUCCUGGUGAAGUUGUACAGGAUAUUUCCUGCUCAUGCAACAAGGUUGCAUUACUUUCUAAAGCAAAAAAGCUCUUCCUUUGGAAUGAUUUCAUGCAUGAGAAUUCAUUUCCAACUGUGGUGAAGUUGAAGGAGUCAUUGUCAAUGAUAAGAUGUGGAGACCUUCUAACGAUAGUCUUGACAGAUGAUGGACAUCUUGGUCAGUUGGUGACUGAUAGUUCUACCACGCAGGAUGAAGAAGUGUUGGUGUCCUUUGCUGAGAUAACAUUUUCUCACUGUGUGCAAACUGUGAGUUGUGGCAAGGAACAUGUGCUAAUACUGACAGACAAAGGAGCAGUAUUCAGCUUUGGAGGAGGAAGCCGAGGUCAAAUAGGUAAUGGCAGAUUAGACCAACAAGAUGAACCAAAGCCUAUUGAAGCUUUAUCAGGAAUUACUAUUAGAGUCACUUCUUGUGGUGGAUGGCAUUCAGCUGUCAUAACCAGCUGUGGUGAUCUAUACAUGUGGGGCUGGAACAAGGAUGGUCAAGUGGGUGUCUCAUAUAAUAAUACAGACAUACCACAAGAAGUGCCUGUCCAGAUCCAGGCAGUUCCAGUUCCUGUAGUUUUUAGUAAUGACAGUGUUACUGAUGUAAGUUGUGGCUCUAGGCAUACAGCAGCAAUUACUUGUAAUGGUGAGCUCUGGACAUGGGGUUUUGGAUUUUAUGGACAACUUGGUCAUGGAAGCAGAAAGUCCUGUCGUAAACCAACGAUGGUCAAAUUUUCCCCCACCCUCUCUACCCUUACGAAAAUGACAAAAAAGUCAAUUCAUUGCAAUCACUGGAACACCUUUGUUAGUGUGAAGAAGGAUGCAACCAAUCACUGAUAAGACAUCAAAUAUUAGUAAGGUAUAAGAGCAUAUGAGUGAAUAGAAUGACCCUAAUAACACUCGUUUUCUAGAUUAUUUUGUGCAAUAUUUCCAGGUUUAUUUGGCAAGAAAUAAAUUCAAGUUAAAAUUUUUAAAAACAUACCCCAGUGUUGCGUUUAAAUUCUUGUUGUCGUGGUUACACAGGCUUGGAUGCCGAUUCACUGAUUAAAAACUUGUCAAAACAUUUCUUCUACUGAUGAUUUGCAGUGAAUUUUAGUCUUACCAUGGCAACCAUGGCAUAUUCCACGUACAUUGUAUAGCCCGCAAAUGAUUAAUUAUUAGCAAUGUUUUUAGUGCUAUUAGUUAAGUCUGUUUGCACUUGAGGUUAAUCGUUUUUUCCCUCAAGUAAAGUUGAGAGUUGUUUUAGUUCAUAAACUUCAAACUUUCUCCAUGAAAAUGUAUUUUUUAUUUAAGGAUGUGCAAUAAAUUCGUCUCGCGAUCGUAA